AUGUGCGUAAGCGCUUGUUUGCGUCUCAGCACAAGUUCUCAGUGGAAAGGGAGAAAUGAGAGGUGGUGACGGUGCGAGGAAUGGGCAGCUGCAGCAUCUUUUACUGCACUCCUCAUCCCACUUCAAUCUCAGUGUCUCAGCUUCUCCUUCCAGGAGAAAUGUGGAGUGUGUGGGCGAGUCGGAUCUGCAAUUAACGCCGGUUGUCAGAAGGAGAAUGCUGGCGUUUACACGAUGCCUCUGAAUCACUGAGUGAAAGUCUUUUCUCCUUCACUCUCCUCCUCCCAGGACAUUUUUUUUUCAAGGAGGACAAAACAGCAGAGAGCUGAAAGCCAAGGAUGCAUUGAAUAAAAAAUAAGAGAUAGAAGCUGAACAUUCUUGGCCCGUUAAAGAGGAUAGUGUUUCUCUGGUUGUUUGAUCCUGGUGUGGUCUGCUGAAGAACAAAGAGUGUCUUGAGAAGUGUGAGAGCCAAUAUAAGAAGAGAGACUUUUGCACAAUGUGCUAGGAGAGAGGAGGAAGAACGAGUGUUGUUUUUCUGAUAUUGUUGAGGUGUCAGAGAACCAGGAAAGGAGACAGCCAUGGGGCGAAAGAAGAUACAGAUCACGAGGAUCAUGGACGAAAGGAACAGGCAGGUUACCUUCACAAAGAGGAAGUUUGGCUUGAUGAAAAAGGCCUAUGAGCUGAGCGUACUAUGUGACUGUGAGAUCGCCCUCAUCAUUUUCAACAGCUCUAACAAACUGUUCCAGUACGCCAGCACAGACAUGGACAAAGUGUUGCUGAAAUACACAGAGUACAACGAGCCCCACGAGAGCAGAACCAACUCUGACAUUGUAGAGGCGCUAAACAAGAAAGAACACAGAGGUUGUGAUAGCCCGGACCCCGAUGCCUCAUAUGUCCUCACUCCUCACACAGAAGAAAAGUAUAAAAAAAUUAAUGAGGAGUUUGAUAAUAUGAUGAGAAAUCAUAAAAUCCCCACAGCAUUGCCUCAGCAGACCUUCUCCAUGCAUGUGGCAGUGCCUGUAUCCAAUCCUAAUGCCAUGUACCAGGCAGGAGGGACUCUGGGCAGCCAGGGCCUGGCAGCCGCCACAGCUUCUCUGAGUGAGAGUGGGAUGCUGUCCCCUCCACAGGCCUCUCUGCACAGGAAUGUUGGCUCUGGUGGAGGAUCCCAGAGGCCCACCAGUGCAGGCAGUGCAGGUGGCAUGCUGGAUACCACAGACUUUUCAGUGCCAAGUGGUGCGGGCUCCAGCCCAGCGGGAAAUGGUUUUGUUAACCCCAGGGGCUCUCCAGGCCUCCUCAGCACAGCCAGUGGCAAUGGCCUGGGUAAAGUCAUGCCCACCAAGUCUCCGCCACCCCCUGGAGGGAGCAUGGGAAUGGGAAGCCGCAAGCCAGACCUGAGGGUUGUUAUCCCUCCAUCAAGCAAAGGGAUGAUGCCCCCGCUGUCUGAGGAGGAGGAAAUGGAUUUGAACACUCAGAGGAUAAGCAGUUCCCAGUCCACCCAGCCGCUGGCUACUCCAGUAGUGUCUGUCACCACCCCCAGCUUACCCCCACAGGGCCUGGUCUACUCAGGCAUGACCACCUCCUACAAUCCUGCUGAGUACUCCCUGAGCAGUGCAGAGAUCUCUUCCCUACAGGGCUUCAGCUCUCCUGGGCUCUCGCUGGGCUCCAUGUCGGCAUGGCAACAGCAUCAACUGGGCCAAGCAGCUCUUAAUUCUUUGGUUGGCGGAGGUCACCUACCUCAGGGUUCCAACCUAUCUAUCAGCACCAGCCAGAGCAUAAACAUCAAGUCUGAGCCUAUCUCACCGCCACGGGAGCGCGUCACCCCGUCUGGGUUCCCCUCACAGCAGCCGCAGCAAGGGUCCAGCCGACAGGAAGUUCUGGGACGUUCACCUGCCGACAGCCUCAGCUCGUCUUGUAGCUCAUAUGAUGGCAGUGAUCGCGAGGACCACCGGCCAGAUUUCCACUCCCCGCUGGGGCUGGGCAGACCCCCUGCUGGCUCGGAGGACAGGGAGAGCCCGUCGGUCAAGCGCUUGCGCAUGGACACAUGGGUGACAUAAAGAGCUCUGAUCAAGCCUCCAGUCACCAGCCGGUCAGAGAGAGAGGGAGGGGUUAGACAUGGAGAUAAAAGAGAGAGAAAGAGGGAAAAAGAGAGAGUGAGGGAAAGAGAGAGAGAGAGAGAGAGAGCAAGGGUCCUUACAGCUAUCAUUGUCAUGCUAUUAUUCAACUCCACUUCAGUUUGUAUGACUGAGAUGUAAUGUAAUAAGACGUGUCAGGACAUAUCUAAAGUUAAUUCUCAGACUGAUAAAAUAAGAUUAAAAACUCAGCUAGGUGGACUGAAUUAUAUGCACAAACAGGUGGUAUCAGGUACUUGGUGCAAUUCAGGAGACGCUGCAGAAGAAAGAUGUUCAAAGAAAAUCGUUAAACAAUAGGCGGUAGAUUACUUUAGUCACUGGUCUAGUCAGACACUUACAUGUAGUUGCUGUUUUUGCUGUUGUGCUUGCAAGUUGCAAACAGUCAGAGAAAAUUGUGUUGCUUUCAGGCUGAGGACCCGUGCAUAUGAUAUUUCACUGCAAGAACUGUCUUUAAAAUCAUGCUGUAAUCACACAAGACCUUUAUAUUAAGUGGCCUCUCCUAAUUUAUUGACUGAGUGGAUCAGGCGCGCAUCAGUUUAAAGGACCAGUGUGUGGGAUUUGGUAGAAUUUAGCUGCGAUGGUGUGUGUUGGAAAUUGAUCCCUCACUUUUCCCCUUCCGAGGCCGCCAAUGUAGAAAUGUGAAAGGUUUGUCCACGUUUGUCCCACAUGACCGACUCCGUGGAAGUAAAUACUGCUCUAAUUAUAAGCCACACAUCCCCCCCUUCAAAACGUAAAAAACAAAUUCAAUUACAGUUGACUACACACUAAUUCAAACAUGUUUGUGAACGCUGUAAUAUACGUCUGCCGUUGGAUACUCAAACAUCCAGCACACUGGUCCUUUUUAUCGAAGUUACACAGGUAUUUUGAUCCUACAGUAAAUCGUUGCAACAGUUGAGACUACUUUAGUGAAUACAUGAAACAUAAAUGUCGGGGGUAAAAAUGAGAUAGCAGCAGAAUCUAUUGCAAUAAUGACAAUAACUAUUCAUUUUAUAAUUUAAAAGAUUAGGGUAUGUAAAUGUGCAAUUAAGAUAAUGCCCAGUUGAGCUGGUGAGAAAGUCAGCAUGUUCACGUUUGUGUAACAGUUCAUCAGUAAUAUAAGCCAAAGCUGUUCUUUUGUGUUGUUUUGUACAGUUGCAUUGAUUUCUCCUAACAACUCACUCAAACGCACCGUUUCUUUCGUCACAGUUCUUAUUUGUUAUUGUGCUUUUAUUAUAGUUUAAAGUCAUGUAAACCAGAUCUUGAAUCGAUAUCGAAAGCCAUGAACAUUUGCUGUUCUGUUUGUGUAAUUGAUCAUUUGAGCCAAACGUCGUCUUUUGUUGUGUAAAUAGCGACUUUAAUAUAUAUUACCAGGGUGUGAGUACAUGCUGAAUGUACUGUAUGAUCACCGUUUUCAAGGAAAGUAUAUUUUUGUGGUUUACAGCCAAGUUUACAAGAGUACACCCUUAAAGAAAAAGAAAAAAAAAGUAGAUCAUUCACUGGUCAAUAUUUACUAUUAUGUUAGUCUCUUUGAAAAUGAAUCGCCAACAUAAAACUCCCAUGUGUUUAGUUCCAGAUGGCUAAUUUGUUUUGUCUCUCUUUUUAGUGGUUUAGUGGUGAUUGUUUGUCCUGAUGACAUUGUAAUAACAAUGCUGUGAGGUUGAAGUUCCACUAUUUUCAUAUUUCUUAAGGAUAAUCACAAGGCUAGGGGAAAUAGGGUUUCUUCUCACCUAUUGUGCUGGCCUGUGUUAGCAGCUGCUCAAUACACUGCCACCAUUCAAAUCCAAGGUCCAAGCCCCUCACAGAGGAAUAAUCUAUUGUUAUUGCGUGUAGCUCGACUGAAAGACACGUCAUCUCUCAAGCCAUUUCCACUAUCGUGCUAUUGGUUCAUGCAAUUAAAGGAAGACACAUGGACAUGGCAGAAGUGGCUGCUGACCUUCAUACAAAACCAGUCAUGCCUGUUCCCACGUGUAGUUGUAAAUAUGUAAGUCUGCUUGAACUGUCCGUCACAAUUGCGUGCAAAAAAUGAAUUGGCUACGCAAACUUCAUCUUAUCUCCAUUUCCCGUUAGUAAGAGUAGUGCAGCCUGAGGAACAGUGAAAAUCUGAAGCUGUUUAGGUCAUGUAAAGACAGGAGAUGUAGUGCAGGGGGAGGGGCUGUGACUUGUUUUCUUCUUCAUCCUCACCGGAAAGGAAUCAUUCAGCAGCCAAAUCAUAAUAAAACACACUGACUGACUUCAAUCUCACUGCUGAAAGGCACACAUUUGUAUGAGAAGUUUGCUGUACAAGACGAGUGUUGCUGUGUCUUCGCCAUGGCUUUUCUUGUGUGCGUUUCUGAGGUUUCUGACCUAUGCUGCCCCCAUCAACAGCUCCAUGGUUGCUCACGUCUGUAAUGAUCUAUGCAGUUAACCCCGAUUCACAUGAAACAUACAGAAUAUGAUGUCAUUACAGGUCACAUUUAGUCUGCGGUGCAUUAGGAAGACGAGUGUUAAAGACUGUUAGCCUCUUAAAGUGCCACAGAAGGAAGUUACUGGAGUACAAGUUAGGUCUAAUACAUUUCAUUAAAUUAUUUAUUUGGAUACCCUAUGUCAAUUUCCACAUACUCACAUGGUGUAUAGUAAUCCAUAAUGUAAUGUAGUUUUAACACAGCUGGUGAGAAUAGCAAUAAUAAAAGACUACAACGAAAACCGUCUGCCUGUCUGGGCAGCAUCACCUCGAAGUUGAGCACAUAUUUUAGCACUCGAUAACAUAUCAGGGAAUUUUGUAGUUGCUCUAUCUAUAUGCACAGUUAGGAAAAUGCCUUAUCCCAAAGAGAAAUGACACCACUUUUACUUUCCCUCAGUUAAACAAAGACAAUGCAGAUUUCAAGCAAACAUGACCAGACCUGCCUCGUCUCAGAUAGGACACACGCAAGAAAACGCAUGGCGAAUGCACCGCGAUACACUUUGCUCUUUUGGUCUCUGUCCAAGUUGUGCACAACUGAUGAAUGUGAAAGGAAAGGGUAAUCAAUGAACCUCUGUCGAGGACUUUCUUCACUUUGCUGUGCAAGAGUACACUGCUUUGCUUCACUGCUUUUAUAAACAGAACUACGUGUUUGGUAAGUGUUUGUAGUUGAUAGUUCACUUAACUAAAGAAGCUGUUUUCGGUUUGAAUGCUCAGACCGUUUGGCGGCACAAGCUGGACUUUGUUGCCAAUAAUGACAUUAUUUGUUUCAGAAUCAAAAUAGAUUUGAAGUUAAUCUACAUUUUAUUUCCCUUGAAUGUGUUCCUUUAUUUUCAGCAUAAAUAUUCAAGUGAACUUUUUAUUAAACAAUUAAGAUACUAUGCUAGAUGUUGUACAAAAUUUGUAUUCUUCACAAAAGUACAAAAUAUUGGCUUUUAAUGUGUAAUUUAGGUUAUCUCUCUUAUUCUGUAUAAAAUGAAGUAAACAACUCUUUCAUAGAAUUUGUUCUCCUGUGAAGUCCCAAACAGUAGAAACUGUCAACUUUAUUAAACACCUCAGUGUAUGCUCAGUCUGAUCUCACUGUCUAUUUAUCUUUGAAUUAUGCAAAGACUUUUUUUUUCCCUCGUCUCUUAUAUCGGUGUACUAUAUUUAUUUGGUUCACUGGGCCCACUGCCAUUGUCAAUUUGAUGCAAGCUGAACAGGCAGCACAUUGCUUCUAAAAACUUGAAAAAACCCAGAAUUUGCAUAGGAAAUGUUUCAUUUCCAAUUUGUGUAUUUUAAAAUCAUAUUAAUUUCCAAUGAAAAAAUAAGACUACUGCGCUGGAAAAAACCCCAAAUAACUGUCCAUUGAAUCCAAUCAUGUGUGAUCACUUGUAAUAUUAAGUAAUUUUCUGCCUAUGCAUUAACUUCUACAUAGAUUUUAUUUUAUAUAUUGUAUAUGAUUUGGAAAUUUGUAUUUACUACAAUGAAAAUCUUCCAUGUA